AUGGUGUCAAGAAGGGCAGAAGCAGUACUGCACCCAGGAGAGGGAGCAAACCUGCCGACGUACGGAGUGCUGGGAUCUGAAAGAACAGCCAAGCCGGGCUGGCCUGCUCUGAACCUGCCUAGGAACCGCCACCGCAAUGCCCAGGGUUCCUCGGUGCAUAGUGGUGAAGUCAUCCAAGACCCAAAAUGGGAUGAUGAAACCUGGCUCCUGCAGACGGGCAGACCUGCCUGUGCCACCGUGGUGGCUGUUGCCCAGGAGCCUGAUGCUGCGGUGCCAGCAGCUCCCAGCACCACCAGGCUGCCCUGUCCCAGAGCCCGCAAACGCCGUGGGAACGGCUGGGACUGGUCCUGUGUGAUGGAAUCUCAGGGACAAACCAACUCAGUCUUUAAGGAUUACCUCCCUGGUUCUUCUGACCUUCCGGAACAGAAUAAGCCUGUGGAACCAACAAGUCUCUGGAAGCAAACAUCACACACUCAUAACUUGCCACCUGGUCUGGAGUACCUGAACCAGCUGGACCGGAUAAUUAUUCAUCAGCAGGUGGAGCUUCUUGAAGCCAUACUUGGCACAGAGACCUCCAGCAAAUAUGAGAUAAAAAACCAUUUGGGACAAAGAGUUUACUUUGCAGUGGAAGAAAAUGGUUGCUUUGAUCGUAACUUGUGUUCGCCUAUAAGGUCCUUCACCAUAAGGAUUGCUGAUAACACGGGCCGAGAAGUGAUUACAGUGAACAGACCUUUGAGAUGCAACAGCUGCUGGUUCCCCUGCUUCCUUCAAGAGUUAGAAGUUCAGUCCCCACCAGGUACAAUAGCUGGGUACGUUGUACAGAACUGGGACCCUUUUCUGCCAAAGUUUACUAUACAGAAUGAAAGUAAAGAAGAUGUACUAAAAAUAAUUGGCCCAUACGCAACUUGUGGCUGUUUUGAAGAUGUUGACUUUGAGGUAAAAGCUCUCAAUGAGAUGUCAACAAUUGGCAAAAUUUCCAAGUACUGGUCUGGAUUUGUAAACAACGUCUUUACCAACACAGCCAACUUUGGGAUCCAGGUCCCUGUAGAUCUUGAUGUGAGAAUCAAGGCAGUAAUGAUUGGUGCUUGUUUCCUCAUUGAUUUAAUGUUCUUUGAAAACUCUUUGGAUGGAUUAUAA